AUGUGUGAUAAGAAUGGACAAGUAGUAGCUGGUGGUCAUGGCCAAGGAAACCGAUUGGAUCAAUUGAAUUAUCCAACCAAUGUGUUGAUCGACAAAGAGACGGAUAGUCUCAUUAUUUGCGAUCAAGGAAAUCGACGAGUCGUACAAUGGUCUCGUCGUAGUGGCAUAACUCAAGGAGAAAUCCUCAUUGACAACAUUCAUUGUCAUGGAUUAGCCAUGGAUGAUCAGAGAUAUCUCUACAUCUCUGACUACAAGAAACAUGCAGUAAGACAAUAUCAAAUAGGAGAUAAGAAUGGAACAAUCGUGGCUGGCGGGAAUGGCGAAGGUGCUGGUCUCAAUCAACUCAACUUUCCGACCUACAUUUUUGUCGAUCAACAACAGACUGUCUAUGUGUUAGACUGCGACAAUCAUCGUGUAAUGAAGUGGAAUAAAGGUGCACAAGAAGGAAUUGUCGUCGCUGGAGGUCAAGGCAAAGGGAAUGCUCUGACACAAUUGUCGUAUCCUGAAGGACUGUUCGUCGAUACAUUGGAUACCAUCUAUGUAACAGAUUCGGGGAAUCAUCGAGUGAUGCGUUGGCCUAAAGGAGAGAAACAGGGCACUGUCAUAUUGGGUGGAAAUGGUAAAGGAGAAGGAUCAAAUCAGUUCGACUAUCCCGUUGGUUUGUCAUUCGAUCGACAUGGCAAUCUCUACGUCGUCGAUCAUUUGAAUCAUCGUGUUCAACGUUUUUCAAUCGAAUAA